AUGGGCUUUUUGAGUUCCGGCGACUCCUUCGCCACGCACCUGCUGUUCGGCACGUCUCGAGUCCUUUCGCUGCUGGAGCGGGAGCGGGAGCCCACACGCCCGCUCUCUCCCUCGCUCGCGCUCUCCAGGCCCACGAAGAGCUUGGUUGACGCCUUCGCAACCCUCGAGAGCCACAGAGCCAUCCUCUACGGCGACAAGGCCACCCUUGCUCCAGCCGCAGACCAGCUGUUCCUGCCGCAGCCAGACCCCAGGGGGAGGGAGAUCCUGGAUCUGUCCGGGCCGCUUCUCGCGGAUACGGACCUCCCCGCGGUGCUCCUGCUCUUCCCGGUGCGGAUGGCCGGAGCCCAUGCGUCCGGGAACCACGCCCGGGAUAGGGUGCUAGGCACGAUCGGCAAGAUCCGGCACAAGGGCUUCCUCGUCGCGGAUAGGAUCGAGGUGGAUUUGCAGGAGGCUUAGGCGUAUGAGGGGGGAACGCUACAUGAUAUCGAAAUGUAAACUCGUAAGAAUACUAAACUUUGGAGAAAACUUCUUCUCAAUAACAAUUCUCGGAUUGUAUUUUAGCUGUGGGUUAAGCUAUCGACAAAAUCAUAGAUAUAAUAUAGUUUCAAAAGCUAUAAACAAAAAAUAAACAUGGAUAAG